AUGUCCGACUGUGGCCUUCCUCUCCCAGUCGUCUGCAUACAAUGCGGAACAAACCAAAAUCCCUGCCACUGCAAGAUCGUGGGCCCAACACUAGGCUUCAUCGUAACCGUCGGCAUGGCUCUCUUCUGCUGGCCCGCUUCGAUCUUGUGCUGCUGCUGUGCGACAAGCUGGGGAAAAUCCGCUCUUGCUUUGCCGGUUGAUACGGGGAAUGCGAUUAGUGAUGCUAUUCCUUUCUGA